AUGCUGCGCUGCCACGUGGUCGCCGUCCACAUUCCCGGGGCCACCGGCUUCGGUCCCGGUGUCCUGCUGUCCGUCUGCUUCCGAGGUGUCCCCAGGAGAACCCAGGUGGUGCCCGAGGAGCGCAGCCUCACCUGGAAUGAGGAGCUGGUGUGGCCGCUGGACUCGUGUCCCCUGAGUGCCACGGACACGCUGGGGCUGCGCCUGUGGCGUGGGGACUGCCUGCUGCCCCGGGAGGACCUGGGUGCCACCACGGUGUCACUGAGCGAGCUGGUGGCCAGCCCCAGGCUGCCGAUGACCGCCAGGGACAUCCCGCUGCUGGACCACCGGGAGCGGCCCACGGGGUGCACCGUCACCCUCCGCUGCUACCACGACCCGCACGGCACGGCCGCGGACGUCCCUGUCACCACCGGGCACGGCCAGGUGGCCCUGGAGCCACCGGGGGUGGCACCUGAGGACAGGAAAGAGGAUUUCCAGGUGCGGGUGAGGGUCAUCAAGGGCCGCCAGCUGCGGGGCAAUGCCAUCAAGCCCGUGGUGAGGGUGCAGAUCGGGAGGCAGCACUUCCACAGCCGCAGCCGGAGCGGGAACAACCCCUACUUCAACGAGGUGACACCGCGGAGGGGACACGGGCACCGCCGCUGUCCCUCGGCCCGCCCUCACUGUCCCUUCUCCGGGCUGCAGGUGUUCUGCCAGGAUUUCCACAUGGCGCCGGAGCAGCUGGUGGCACUGCCCAUCCAGAUCCAGGUGCUCCGUUCACCAAACAUCUGCACCAAGCCCGUCAUCGGAAUCUUCGAGCUCGACGUUGGCACCAUCUACUCUGCCCCAGGGCGCAGCCUGAGCGGGAAGUGGCUGAGCCUGCAGCACCCGCGGCACCGCGACCGCCGCUCGCAGGGCUUCCUGCAGGUCAGCCUGGUGGUGCGCCGCGCCGGGGAGCGCGCCCAGGAGCAGGAGGUGCCGCCGGGGGAUGAGGAUGUGGAGGCCAACCUGCUGCGGCCACCGCCGUGCGCCACCACGCUGCAGAUCCGCGUGUUCCGCGCCGAGGACCUGCCGCGGGAGCCGGCGCGGCCGUGCCUGGGGGGCGCCGCGGGCUCGCUGAAGGUGUCGGUGCGGGUCGGCUUUGCGGGCAGGACGCUCUGCACCCACGGGGUCCCCGCCGAUGCCAGCCCCGAGUGGAACGAGGUUCUGUCCUUCCCCCUGCGGCUGCCGCCCAUCUGCGACGAGAUCCUGCUGGAAAUCCUGCGUGGGUCGUGCCGGAGCAAAGCCCUGGGCAGGGCCACCCUGCGGCUGUCCCAAAUCUCCCGGGAGCCCAAGGAGCUCGAGGAGGGGACCCCCGGGUUCUUCCCCUCCUUCGGGCCCAGCUUCCUGCCCUUCUACGGCCCCCGGCCGGACGCUGCCAGGGACUCGGGGCCGGUUUUCCGGGGCCGGCUGCUGCUGGAGCUCUGCACCCACACGGGGACCCCGCCGGGGCGCCAGCGCGACGCCGUGGCCCCGGUGGACGCCGAGCGGGCGCAGAGCCGCCUGCCCCGCUGCCAGCUGGGGCUCUGCGGGGUUUUCUACUCGGCCACGGCCGUGCCCGGCGGCCCCGAGGCGCUGAGCCUGGAGCUGGGCAUGGGUGGCACCGCGGCCGCCACCGUGCCCGCCGUGCCCGCCUUCGACGGGAACCUCUACCACUACCUGCCGUGGUUUGGGGACAAACCUGUGGCCGCUGUCACCUCGCAGUGGGAGGACGCCGGGCACCGCUGGGACAGCCUGAACCUCCUGCGGGCGCUGUGCCAGCACCUGGAGGAGAACCUGGCCAAGCUGCAGGGACACCACGGGGACACCAACGGGGACAUCGGGACGAAGCUGCUGCGGGAGCUGGAGCAGGACUGCGAGGCCGCCCUGCAGUACCUGGAGGAGCAGCCCGCCCUGACCGCCCUGGACCGGGAUGUUUUUGGGGCCGCCCUGCAGUACCUGGAGCAGCAGCCCGCCCUGACGGCCCUGGACCAGCAGCUGCGGAGCUGCCGGCGGCGCCUCCUGCAGCGGCUGCAGCGCGAGGCCGGGGCCGGCGGCCGCCACGGGGACGCCCUGGGGACGGUGGCCCGGGGGUGGCUGCGGCGCGCGGCCGCGCUGGCCGUGGAGCCCCAGGCCGGUGUCCCCGAUGUGCAGCUGUGGCUGCUGCGGGGCCGGACACGGGUGGCCUCGGCCCGUGUCCCUGCCACCGAUGUCCUGCACUCCCCGCACGGCCCUGGCGCCUGCGGCCAACUCUGCGGGAGGAUCGUCACCGUGUUCCUGGGCUGCGGGGACAGCCAGGCCCAGGUGCGGGUGUGGCUGUGGCUGGGCCGAGUGGCCGAGAGCGGCGAGCUGGCCGGGCUGCUCGGGGGGAGCCUGCGCUUCUACUGCCAGAUGUUCGAGAACCAGACGCGCCUGUUGGGGUCCUGGGGGCCCCGGCGGUUUUGGGGGCGCCCCGCGUUCUCCGACAGCUCCGGCCGGGCCCUGCGCCCCCCGGAGGAGCUGCGGCCCCCCCAGGGAUGGAGCUGGGACGGGCCCUGGAGCGUGGAGCGGCCACGGCGGCGGGUGCCAGCACGGGCAGAGGGCACAGGGACCGUGGUGCUGGAGGAGCUCUACGAGAACCAGAGCCGAGACCCCGGCGGGGGCUGGAGCAGCACGGCCAGCACGGACGCCGUGAGUGGGGGACAGCGUGGGGACAGCGUGGGUGACACCCGAGUGUCACAGCUCAGCACCUGCCUGGUUUUACAGAAGGGAGUGGCAGUGCCACCGAAGGAGGAGGUGGCGUGUCCCCAGGGCUGGCACGUCACCAGCGACUGGCAGGUGGACACGGAGGGGGCUGAGGAUGAGGAUGGUUGGCACUACGGGGUGGGCACGGAGGAUGGCAGCCCCCCGGCAGCGUGGCACAGCGAGGGACAGCAGUGGCACACCCUGCGGCGCCGGCGCUGGCUCCGCGUCCGCCACAGGGACAGCGACAGCCUGACACAGGACACGGACACCUGCAGCAGCCUGGACCCCGAGGAGCUGUGGGAGGACGAGGCCUGGCAGCCCGAGUGCUUCUGGGGCUGCACCUUCCAGCCCAAGGUGCCGGCCGGGCCCCGGUGCCGCCGGCGGCGCUGGCAGCGCUGCCUGGUGCCCGCCGAGCCCGGGGCGGCCGUGGCACCGCUCUUCCUGCUCCGGGGAGCCCCGGACACCGAGGAGCCGGCCCAGGACAGUCCAGAGGUGGCCCUGCAGCAGCCGCCGCCCUUCAUCGUCUGCAGCUUCCAACGCCCCGGCCGCUUCCAGCUCCGCUGUUACAUCUUCCAGGCGCUGGAUCUGGCGCCCGGCGGCUCCAGGACCUCCAUAGAUGCCACCGCGCACGUGUCGUUCGUGUCCCUGAGCCAGCGCACGGGGACGGUGCGCGGGGCGCUGGACCCGCGCUGGGAGCAGACGCUGCUGUUCCCCCGGGUGCCGCUGUUCGGGGACCCCCGAGGCGUCGGGAGGGACCCCCCGGCCGUGGUGGUGGAGGUGUGGGACCAGCGGGGACAGGGCCCCGCGGUGCUCCUGGGCCGCUGCGUGUGCUCCCCGCGGGUCUGGCUGGACGCGGCGCUCCGGGAGCCGCCCCGGCUCCAGCCCCACGCGCUGCGGGGCCCGCGGGGCGCGGCCGGGGAGCUGCUGGCGGCCUUCGAGCUCCUGCAGGAGCCCCAGGACGGGUCCCCGGCUCCGCUGAGCCCCCCGCCCCUGAGCAAGGACGGGUUCGGCAUCCCCCCGGAGCUGCGGCCGCGCCUGCACUGGGUGGCGCUGGAGGUGCUGGCCUGGGGGCUGCGGGGGCUGCGCGGGGCCGUGCGGGAGCCGCGCCUGGAGCUGCAGUGGGGGGAGCAGAGCCUGUGGACGCCCCCGAUCCAGGACAUGGCCACCAACCCCAACUUCCCCAGCAACGCCUUCCUGCUCACCCUGGCGCUGCCCGAGCAGGAGCGCUUGGUGCCGCCCAUCCGCCUGCGGCUCUGGCACCGCGCGGGCGCCGAGCGGCGGCUGCUGCUGGGCCAGGCCAGCGUCAGGGAGCUGGGCCGGUACCGGUGCCCCCUGCCCCGCCAGGAGCCCGGCAACGGCUCUGACACGGUCGUGUCAUUGCCAGGUGCCACUUGUCCCAUCCCUACCUCACCCUUUGUACCCCCUGCCCAUGCCAUCUGUCCCCUGCCCUAUCCCUGCCCCAUCCCAGCUGUCCCCAGCCUGUCCCAGCUGUCCCCUCCCUCAUCCCCGCUGUCCCCGUGUCCCUCAGACGAGCUCCUCUCGGCGCCCGCCACCUCCAGCCCCUUCAGGCGUUGGUGUUCCCAGUUCCUGGCCAUGUCCCCGGCCAGGAUGGCUCAGGACCUGCUGGGCUACCUGAGGAGCAGGCGGGCUGAGGAUGAGGACGAGGAGGAUGAAGAUGAGGAGGAUGAGGACCAUGAGGACCACGAGGAGGAGAGGGACUGGUGGAGCAAAUUCUACGCGUCCAUGGAGGACAAGGAGCCCAAAUCUCCAUGGGGAGCCAACGGGGACAGACUGAAGAUCUACGGCUGCGAGCUGGAGGCCGUGCCCGAGUUCCAGGCGCUGCAGGAUUUCUGCCAGAGCUUCCCCCUGUGCAAACCCGGCCGUGCCCCCGAGCCCGUGGGCACCUUCAAGGGGCUGUUCCGCAUCUACCCCGUGUCCGAGGGCACCGCAGCCCUGCCCGGCCCGCGCUGCUUCCAGCGGCUGCCGCCCGCCCAGCCGCAGCCCUGCCUGGUGCGCGUCUACGUGGUGCGAGCCUUCGACCUGUCCCCCCGCGAUGUCACCGGCCUGAGCGAUCCCUACGUGCGGGUGGCGCUGGGCAAGAGGACGCUGGGGCAGCGUGACCAGUACGUGCCCAACACCCUGGAGCCCGUCUUCGGCAGGAUGUUCGAGCUGACGGCCACCAUCCCCCUGGAGAAGGACCUGCGGGUGACAAUCAUGGACCACGACAAGGUGCCACCGGACCAGGAGAUCGGCAGCACCACCAUCGACCUGGAGGACCGGCUGCUGUCCCACCACCGCGCCCACUGCGGGCUGCCCACCCUGUACCACACCGGCCCCGGGGUCCCAGAGCGGCGCCAGCCCCCGCCCCGCCACGCCGGGGCCCCCCGGGAGCGCCUGGCCCUGCACGUGCUGAACCUGUGCGAGCUCGUCCCGGAGCACCUGGAGACGCGCGGGCUGCAGAGCCGCGCCCGGCCCGGCCUCGAGCAGGGCAAGGUGCAGAUGUGGGUGGACAUUUUCCCCACCAGCCUCGGCCCCCCCGGGCCCCCCGUGAACAUCGACCCCCGCCGGGCCGAGGGGUACGAGCUGCGCUGCGUGGUGUGGAACGUGCGGGACACGGAGCCCGGGGACAUCAACCUGCUGGGCCAGCGCAUGAGUGACAUCUACGUGUCCGGGUGGCUGGACGGGCUCCCCGAGCAGCGGCAGCACACCGACAUCCACUAUCGCUCCCUGGACGGCCGCGGCGCCUUCAACUGGCGCUUCGUGUUCCCCUUCGAGUUCCUGGCGGCUGAGAAGCUCUGCGCCAUCCGCCGCAAGGAGCACGUGUGGAGCUUGGACGAGACCCUGCUGAAGGUGCCGCCCAAGCUCAUCCUGCAGGUGUGGGACAAUGACAAGUUCAAGGCGGACGAUCUGCUGGGGAUCCUGGAGCUGGAGCUGACCCGGCUGCCCCGCCCGGCCCGCAGCGCCCGCCUGUGCCGGGCCUCGCCGUCGGAGCUGCCCUGGUUCUCGUGGCCCUGGUUCUCGGCUCUGCGGCCGCUGAACCUGUUCCGCAGGCGGAGGGCGCGGGGCUGGUGGCCCUGCACCAUGCACGAGGACGGCGGCCAGCGCCUCUCGGGGAAGCUGGAGCUGAGCCUGGAGCUGCUGUCGGCGCAGGAGGCCGAGGAGCGGCCGGUGGGGAAGGGCCGGGAGGAGCCCAACAAGCACCCGACCCUGCCCGAGCCCAGGCGCCCCAAGUCCUCGUUCCUCUGGCUGACCUCUCCCCUCCGCCUCAUCCGCUACGGCGUCCGCUGGCACUACCUGCUGUGGCUCGGGCUGGCGCUGGCGGCGCUGCUGCUGCUCCUGCUGCUCCAUUCCUUCUUCCCGAGCACCCUCAGGGUGAAGGUGGCUGAGGCGCCCCCGCUCCUGCCGGCCACGAAGCAUCCCCGGACCGAAGGCUGA